CGGGCUUUCACUAAUCCAAUAUGGCGCCCAUCACUGAGAAGGAAGACAAGAUGGGCAAUUUGAAGGAGGGAAAUAAUACCGAUGACGCUGAAAAUUUAUGGGCUGACAUCCUUAGUGAGGUACAGUCAGGGUCUGCGUCCAAACUACCAACUACUAGAACUGUUCUUGUAUUAGGUGACAAUGAUUCAGGGAAGACAACAUUAAUAGCCAAGCUUCAAGGUUUAGAAGAACCUAAAAAAGGUUCUGGCUUAGAAUACUAUUAUAUUGACGUGAAAGACGAGUAUAGAGAUGAGCAAGCGAGGUUAAAUGUAUGGGUUCUGGAUGGUGACCCUAACCAUACCGGACUAUUGAAGUAUGCUCUUAAAGAGGAUACCUUCAGUGAUACUCUAGUCAUGCUAGUUGUUUCGAUGGCCCAGCCAUGGUCUCUCUUGGAAACUCUGAAUAAGUGGGCAGAUGUGUUGAGAAAUCAUGUGGAUAAGCUGAGGAUCCCUGGCGAGAAAAAAAUGGAAUAUGAACAAAGUUUAAUCAGGGUCUAUCAAGCUUAUACUGAGCCUGGGGAUGGCCCUAUAGUCACACAGGGUCCCCCUAGAGGAGACAUCAACCCCCUCCACCCUCCAGCUGCUGGUACAGAGGAGGAGAGUGUUUUACCCCUGGGGGAACUGACUUUAUCACAGAACUUAGGAAUUCCUAUAGUAGUUGUAGUUACAAAGAGUGAUGCAAUCUCAAUGUUGGAAAAAGAAUUGGACUUUAAAGAUGAACAUCUAGAUUUUAUUCAACAACAUAUUAGGAAAUUUUGUUUAAAAUAUGGUGCGGCAAUGUUUUACACAUCAGUGAAAGAUGAAAGGAACUGUGAUUUGUUGUAUAGAUACCUAGUUCACAGAAUAUAUGGGUUCCCAUUCACAUCUCCUGCUCUUGUUGUUGAGAAGGAUUCAGUCUUUGUUCCAUCUGGAUGGGACAAUGAGAAAAAAAUUAGCAUAUUGUAUGAAAACAUGACCACAAUGAAACCAGACGACUCUUUCGAAGAUGUUAUCAUCAAACCUUCCACAAGAAAGGUUGUGCAACGUGAUGCAGAGAUAGUGGCAGAGGACGAGCAGGUUUUCCUCAUGAAACAACAGUCUCAGCUAGCUAAACAAGUAGCACCAGGGACUCCUCCUACUGCUGCAGCUGAACCUGCUGCUCCCAGACAACAAAGGCCUCAAGUUCAUAAAACACCAGAGAGAACACCAGUACCUGCAAACACAGGCACACCAACAAGAGCUAAAGAUACUCGAGCACCCCCAGGCAAUACAACAGAGGGCAUGCUGGCCAACUUUUUCAAUAGUUUAUUGAGCAAAACUCCAGGACAACCAGGACCAACAUCAAUGAGUGGAGCUGAGCAUAUUGACAAAGCUGCUGUGACGCGGGAUGCGGCCGCUGAGCUGGAACGCAUGACAAGAGGGAAAAAGUCAAUCGACUCAAACAACACAUCCACAGACUCACAAGGACCACCAUCUUGAUGAUUAGAGUUAGACGUUUUAUUUUAGUUGCCCUGACACAUUCGUUUGAUACUAGUACCAAUGCUAAGAGAUUCUUUUGACCCCCACUGUCUGAAGGUGUUGUUUUGUUUUCAUUUAAAUUUAUCUUGAUAUAAAAUUCAGUGACAUGUAUAGCGACAAUCAUGUCAGUUUUAACUUGGUAUUUAGGUUAUUAUAAUGGGUUAUUUUUAAGUCCAAUGGGAAAUUAAAAUGUUUAUAGUAAAUUGACUGACAUCAUAACUGACUAGGUUAACUUUUUACAACCUAGUAGGUUUAAAGUAAAUGUUAAUGGACGAUGAGAUGUAAAAUUAACAUGUGAAAUCCAAGGUCAAACAUAUUAGAAAGUUUUUGCUGGUUAAAUACUUUUCUAUUAUUUGUUUAGAUUUAUCACAGCUCCCUGCUCCCCUACAAAUCAGGUCCUAAACAAGUCUUAAGUUAUCACAACUGAUAAUGAAAAAAAAAUAAUAAAUAAAUUGAAAAAAAAUGUAGAAAGAUUUGGUACAAUAUGUUCAUCUUUAGAACCCUGUCAACAUUUUUCUAAAUUUUGCUGUCGGUGAUUGUAUUUCCCCUAACAUCAAUUUAGUGUUUUUGCACCGUAGUGUACUGCUUUUAAAUUAAUAUGUUGAUUUUUUUUUAAUGUGAAUAUUCAUAGUCAAUUAGUGUUUUAUAUUACCUCAAAAAGGAAUUUAGAAUUUUACAUAACCAUUUUCAUAAGAAAAUAUUAAGUCAUAAUAGCUAAGCUUCACUUAUAUUUUACAUGCAUUUUUUAACAGUGGUGUAGAUAUGAUGUUUAAUUUAUUAGCCUGUAUCUCUGUAAUUAACAACUUCAGGAAGAUUUAGGGGAUUUGUUUUCUUUAGGAUAAUUUAAAAGAAAAUUUGAUUUAAGACAGAUAAGCCAUUAUCUAUAUAUUUUUGUGUACAUAAAUAAUACAAACCAGUAGUAGCUUUGAAUUUCUGAAAUAUCCAUGAAAAAUAUUGCCUCUUUCUUCUGAGAGAUUUCAAUGGGAUUGGUCUUCCUUUUGUCCCCUUUCUUGCAGUACAGUUGUGUAUUUAUCUUUGACUUUCACAAUUUUUUUUACCACCCUCCCCACAUUUUGUCGUACAUAUUGGUCUUUCAUCCCUCCUCAGUGUCUCUCACCUUUUGCUGCAAGCCAUCAUUGUAGUUGGGUGCAGUGGCAUUAUUCCAAUCAAGUAAAAAUGAACUUCUUCAUCGUCAGGUUGAUUGAUUUAUGCUCAUCAUUUCUGUUCUGGGUUUGACUGUUGUAGAUAACAAACUAGUUAUCCUGCAUGUGAUAUUUGAGUGAGUGAUUAUUUUUUUUUUCAUAUUUUUUGGUGCUGUACAUAGGUAUAAAUUUGUUAGCUUUAUUCAAUUGCAUUAUUUAAAAAAUAUCAAUGUAUGGUUAUGAUAAGUGUUGAAUAUGUUUUGCGAUUUUUGUGUGAGGUUGUUGUAUGUAGGUUGCAUUUCAGUGAUGGUUUUCAUCAUUUGAUCACAGUCAAGAAACCUUUUAAUUUUCAAUACUCAAUUAACUGUCUCCAUUUUUGUUUCAUUUAUAGUGAACAGUUGUAAUAAAUCAAAAGUUAAAUUUUAGUAGAUGCAGAUAAAGGAAAAAUGAAAUAACUAACCAUUUUUUUUUAAUUCUAUUAGCAUAACAUUAAAAACAUUUACACCAAAUAACUUGGAUUAUAAAAGCCUAAUUAAAUGUUUUGAUCUAUUAUGUAAGCCUAGUAUCUGACACAUAAUUCAACAUUUUGAAAGAUUUAAGUAAUGGUUUUAAAAAAUCUGGAUUAUCAUUUUCCUCUUAGGUUUAAAAUUUGUUGGCUCAGCCUGCUGCUAACUUAAUUGUGUGAUUGUAGUGCUGUCUUGAUUCUCCUUGAAUGGGGUUCUGUAAGUCAAUCAUUCCUAGUCUUACACUACUCCUUUUUAGCUUAGGCUUCUCCUUGGUGGAGUUAGUCAAUGGAUGCCUGGAUAUAAUUUUUCCUGUUUUCUGGAUUACACAGUGAGUAGAGUAUUGUGCCACUUGAGCACAAUCUUUAAAGUUUCAUCGAAAACAAGUAAUGUGCUCUAUAUACAUUUUUUUUUACAUCUGCUAAACUGGAAAUUUGGUUUUCAGCAAAUCUUAUUUUGAAAUUUUUGUAAGCAGUGAUACACAUAUCCUUGAAUUGUAAGAAAAUUAAAAUUUUCUUUUUUACUUGUUUUUCCUAAUGAACAGUUAUUACAACACAAAAAAAAAGUUACUUGAUAUGGCAUUGUUUAUCUCUUACAAAUCCUGAAUGAAUGAAUGUAGUUCACUGAAUUUGAAAAUGUCCUCAAGAAUAUUUCUUUAUUGUUUGAAAAGUUUGUAAUAUUUCUUUAGCUGUUUGCUAAUCUUGUAAAUAGUGUGAAGUACAUUUCAGUUUGUCAAGUGUGAACAAAACAAGGUCUUGAACAUUGCCAAAAACAAGUGUUGUCAGUCAUUCUUUUAACUCACCACUGCAAAUACAACUACAAAAUUGUUUUUUUUUUGCUUAAUUUUAUUAAAAAGCUAUGAAAAAUAUUUUUAGUAAUAUUUUUGGAUUGUAAUUGUUAUAUAAUGACAAGUGUGUAAGAUUCUCUUAAUAGUUGAAUGAAAUAAAUUACUCAAUGAAGUAAAUUAUAUUAUUUCAUUGACAAGAAACUAAAUACAAAAAAUAAACAUGUUCUUAAUUUGAUUUUCAUUUCAUCUUGUCCCCUACGUCUUCAUGAGUUUUUGCUGCACAUGUAUAUUGAUUCAUGUAUAAUGCUAAGGAUAUGAAUGAAGUGAAGAUUAUGUUACAAAAUCGCUUGUCUGGCUUUUUAAUUUAUUAUACAUGCCUAAAAAUAAUAUGAAAUAUAUAAAUAUAUAUAUCUUAAGAAUAAUGUGCAUGUAUAUUUUUAGCAUUUAGGAAUGCGUGUAGCUUUUUCUAGUAUUUGUUGUGGUGAUGUUUGUGUACGUCUGUCACAUUUUCUUUGCGAAAUGGUGUUCUCAUCUUUUUUAAUUGCUUUUUAUUACAAAAAGAAGCUUAAGAUAAUUUUAUGCAAACAUGAUUCUCUUGUUGACUUGGCUAGUUCAGCUUAAAACUCUUUUUCUAAAAACUCCAUAUGGACAUUUUCAGAACAGGUGGUCAUUAGUUUCAUUACUUUCAACAUUUUGUUGAAGGUGUAGGAAAUAAAAUUUAAAAGCUGAGGACUUGUUUGUAGCUUUUCAACAUAUCUCUUACAUGAGAGCUAAAAAAAAAGGGGGGUGUUACCCCUUUCAUUCUGGAUAAGGCACGCCCUUACCUUGCUAGUGAUGUCAAGUCAAACCUUGCUAGUGAUGUCAAGUCAAUAUUUUCUUUAUUUUUGAGCUGCUGCUGUUGCCCAGUCUGAUUGAAGCUCAGGUAGAAACAGGAUCAUUCAAGAAAUUUUUUUAUUUAUAUUUGUUCCGGAGUGUUGGGUGGAUUUUUUUUUUUAUUAGACAAUGUUGCUGUAAGGCAUUAAGUUAGCUGUAAGGUGGAAAUGGGCGUGGUUCCUGUUUCUGCCUGAGACCCAAGAGUUGUAUGUUGGACCCAAAGACUAGGUACAGUACACCCAAGUAUGUAGUGUUGAUGUCAUUGUUGUUACGGCAACCACUGCCUUACCCAGUUCCACAACUUGUUCCUUCUGCAUCUGUGGCUUAAGGUUGUUUGUUUUUAAAUACUUAAUUGGGUACAAGCAAAAUAAUUCUGCAAUUUUAAAAAAAUAUUUUUAUGCUCUUUAUUUCCUAAUAGGAUUCAUUUAAUAGAAAAAUAAGUUUUCUUAUGUGAUUUGAAAAAAAUGCUAUGGAUCUGUGAAGCUACUUGUGUACAGGUGUUUACAUGCCAAGGAUUUUUGUACAAGGAACAAGUUGUGUUGCUAGGGUAAGAUAAAUUCAUGUAAAACAGUUGAGCCUCAACACUUGUGCAAUAAAACAAAUUAUGAAACAA